CCUCGCAUUGUGUAUGUGCAAACGAAAACAUAUAUAUGCAUCUCGCUCCUCUGAUCCAUAUGCCUCCUCGAUCGAUAAUCUCGCCGGCAUAACGCUGCCGUCGUAGCUGGCCAUGGACCAUGGUGCCAGCAGCCGCAGCAGCAGGCGAGGGUACAGUAGCUACAAGGAGAGCAGCGGCCAUGGCCACCACUGGCAUCGUCAUCCACACUCUGCCAGAUGCCUCUGCCUCUACCUGCUCCUCUCGGUCACCCUCCUGGUCGCCGUCGGCGCCGCGCUGCUCGUCGUCUUCGUCGCGAGGCUCAAGAAGCCGGACUUCUACCUGCAGUCCAUCCAGACGGACCGGUCCUUCAGCCUCCGGCUGCCGCCGAACGGGACGGCGGCGUGCGCGGUGGCGUCGCUGGUGUUCGCGGCGCGGAACCUGAACGCCGUCGGGAUACGGUACGGCGCGACGGCGCUGGGCGUGGCGUACGCGAACGAGUCGGUCGGCGCCAUGGACGUGCCGGCGUUCUACCAGCCCCCGCGGAGCGGCAACGUGACGGUGCUCGUGCACGCCGUGCUCGCGGCGCGGAACGUGACGCGGCUCCUCGUGAGCGAGCUCUCGGCGCAGCGGAGUUACAUGGAGAUCAGGGUCACCGGGAGCAUCGACGCCCGGACGCACGUCAUGAACUUCGCGCUGCCAAAAGUUCAGUUUUGGCUGGAUUGCAGGUUUGGAACCAACUACACCGACAUUGUGCUGCGUGAAGGAAUCAAGUCCAUGAUGACACGAAAGGCUCUCGUCUUAUCUUCACUGCCUCACAUCUCGCAGAAGUGCUCUAUCAAGAUUGACUUGAGGUCCAGACGAAAGAGGGCCAGUCUUGACGAUCUAGGAUGCUGAUACUUAGUCUCACAGCUUCAAGUUUAUUUUUAAUUGUGUGAAAAUUUUAACCUAAGACAAAAUAAUUCUUUUCGGUGUCCCCGGACCCCAAUGCAAGAUGUAAAUACACUCAGACGUAGUCAAUCCUAUAUGUUCAUCAGCAUCAA